AUGACGGACCAAUUUCCCGAGUUUGAAGGUGGAGACGUGCGCGUCGUCCUCACAACUGGGCGACAGUACCAGCUCCACGCGAGCAUCCUGCGCCAGCACAGCCGCACAAUGCGGGAUCUCUUGAAUCCCAGAACCGCCAUCGAUCUCUCCUCCCGCGCGGUGAGGAAGGGCGCUUCCACACGGUGGAAGAUGGUUCUCGUGCCYACCGACGACGAGGACGCGGCCCUACGCUUCCAGCUCUCCAUUGUGCCUCUCACCGACAGCGGCGUUGAGCCUCGUGGCAGUACGACGACCAUUGUCGUCGAGAACGAGAACGGCCGUGUGAGCGAUCCGCUCUUCAAGGCUUACCACUCCAUCCUGGCCGCCCUUCACGGUCUACCGAUCGAUCUCGGCGAUGCGCAGGAGGACAACAUGGCGGACUUGCUCAAGGCCGCUCUAGAGGCACUCAGUGUCGCAGAGUAUCUUCAAUGUGUGCCCAUCGUGACUGGUCCUAUCGAGGCCACCCUGCUAGCGACUGGCCAGAACCUGUACCGCGCCAUUGCCGAAAACCCAACGGGUUGGCUGGUGUUCAGUGACCGCAUUCGUUCCCGUGCCAUCUUCAAGGAGGCCAUGAUCCACGCUGUCGGUCGCUACAACACCGAUAAGAUCCAGACCGUCAUUCACGAUGGAGCAAUGCACGACGGUAUCGUCUCUAUCCUCGAGCGCAAAGCCCAGGAAGUUAUCAACGGCGUCUCCAUCACCAUGCGCCGCCUGUCGGCUUACUAUCCCAUCAGCCUGACUCGAGUCGCCACAGUCGGACGCAUCGACAAAGACAACACUGGCCGCGCAGACUAUGGCAACGACAUCCUCGGCUGGAUGGCCCUCUGCGUCUUCCGUCACUGGCUCGGCGACAUGAUGGCUACCGACCAUACCACCCACGACAAAGACAUGGGAUUUUUCUUCAUCCAGUUAAUCGCCCAGGGCGGGAAUGCAUACCUCAAUCGCACCCUCAUGCAGCAGUCCUUCCACGCCAAAUUUCCCAUGAGUCCGAAGGGCAUGAACGCCGUCGAGUUCCGCCUCACUGAGAUCAAGAACAACGUCAAAGACUACGUCAAGGGCUACUUCAAACCCACAUGUCAACUCGAUCUACACCGUUAUCCUGUCAAACACUACACUCACACCAACAUCGCUCCUGAGGAUUUCCCUUGGCAUGCGGAGCAAGCUGCAGCUCGGAAUGCCGAUAUUGAACGAGUCAUGUACGGCCUUGGAAACGCGGACGAGGAUGAGGAUCUCGAUGAAGACGGUGACUUGACGUCCGUGUACGGUGCGUCUGAGGCAGAGGCCCACGAAGAAGGCUCUGGGUAUGAGGGCGGGAACGAUGCUGAAGGCAGUGAUACAGGCACUCAGCAGAACGACCAGGAUGACGACAAUGGAGAAGACGACGACGGUGACACUUCUUGA